AUGGCCGAAUCAUACCCAACCCUCUCUCAAUGCGCGCUCGUCGCAGGCGCUCUCAAGGUUCUCCUCUUCCCGGCCUAUAAAUCCACCGACUUCGAAGUCCACCGAAACUGGCUCGCCAUCACGAACAGCCUUCCUUUCCCCCAAUGGUACUACGAAAAGACGUCGGAAUGGACCCUCGACUACCCUCCUUUCUUCGCCUACUUCGAAUGGGCCAUGUCCCAGGUCGCGAAGCUGGUCGACCCAGCCAUGCUCAAGGUGUACAACUUGGAAUACGAUAGCUGGCAGACGGUCUACUUCCAGAGAUGGACCGUCAUCAUUUCGGAGCUGGUUCUGGUCUAUGCUCUGCAGCGUUACAUCGACACCGCGACAGGCGCGACGAGACGAGCGGCUCAAGCGGCCGCUAUUUCGAUUCUGCUCUCUCCUGGUCUUCUCAUCAUCGAUCACAUCCACUUCCAGUACAACGGGGCCAUGUACGGCGUUCUCAUCUUGUCUCUGGUUCUCGCCCGGUCCAAGUCUGGGUUGUUAGGCAGCGGGCUGGUGUUCGCGGCAUUGUUGUGCAUGAAGCACAUCUACUUGUACCUCGCCCCGGCAUACUUCGUCUUUCUGCUUCGUGCCUACUGCCUUUCGCCCAAGUCCAUCUUUAGAAUCCAGUUUUUCAACUGCAUCAAGCUGGGCGGCGGUAUCGCAGCCAUCUUCGGAGCUGCAUUCGGACCAUUCGCGGCGUUGGACCAGAUCCCGCAGAUCUUCAGUCGUCUGUUCCCGUUCUCGCGUGGUCUCUGCCAUGCAUACUGGGCCCCCAACAUCUGGGCGUUGUACUCCUUCGCAGACCGUCUCCUGAUCUAUGCGGCACCCAGACUCAAUCUCCCUGUCAAGGCGGAGGCCAUCAACAGCGUCACCAGAGGGCUCGUGGGUGAUACGGCGUUUGCGGUGCUGCCGGAAAUCAGCCCGCGAACCUGCUUCGCUUUGACGCUCUUCUUCCAGGUCUUGCCUCUCAUCAAGCUCUUCUUCCAGGCACCGCCGACUUGGGAUACCUUCAUCGGAGCUGUGACGUUGUGUGGCUAUGCCUCGUUCCUUUUCGGAUGGCAUGUGCAUGAGAAGGCCAUCCUGCUUGUCAUCAUUCCGUUCAGUCUCAUCGCACUCAAGGAUCGCCGCUACCUGAGCGCGUUCCGGCCUCUCGCCGUGGCUGGGCACGUAUCCCUGUUCCCUCUUCUGUUCACUCCGGCGGAAUUUCCGAUCAAGACGGUCUAUACUAUCUUCUGGUUGAUCCUGUUCUUAUUGACGUUUGACCGGUUGGCACCGGCCUCAAGAAAGGCCAGGUUCUUCCUCCUUGACCGAUUCAGCACUCUCUACAUCGCAAUCAGCAUCCCCCUGAUUCUUUACUGUUCGCUGCUUCACCAGAUCGUUUUCGGAAAGCGGUACGAGUUCUUGCCCCUCAUGUUCACCAGCUCCUACUGCGCGGUGGGGGUUGUUCUUUUCAAGCGCAAACCGGUGCAGUUCUUGCCGCCCAAGGACAUCAAGGACGACAAUGCAGAGGUUCGAGAACUGGGUUUCGCGGACGAUGCGCCGAAUACUAAUGUAAACCCUCAGGUCUGGCAUAUUCCACAGACCGGCGAAGUCUUUGCCCACUACGAAGACUAUCUGAUCAGAAUGGAUUUCUACAAACAGCGACGAUUCAUUUGCCAGAUCACAGGGCACUCAGGCCUAACAUUUUUUGAAGCUCUCAAGAGCGAGCUUGCUGGUGCCGAGGAAGUCGAACAGGCAUUCCCCGAAGCUCUGAAGGGCCCGGUCCUGCGUCGCGUCCAAUUCCAAACCGUCUCCCGAAUCGAUACGCUUGUUGAUAUGGUAUUUGAAGAAUUCAGGGCAGAUUAUUACCCUGGCGAGGCUGUGACGGUUAGCACCGCAGACGGUGAGAGGCUGCAGGGUGUUGUUAGAGAGAAGACCCGGUUUGGCGGUAAGGUUUUGCCCGACGGCACCCUGACUCCCCCGUACACGAGAUACACCGUUAGUCUCGAGGAAAGGCCCGGCGCAGAAGCUGUCGUAGACGACGACCACAUCUUCCGCGAUCGUAAAAUUUUCACCAAAUCGGUGUUGCGUUCCUUCAUCAAGAAGACGGUUACCCGCGAAGCUUGGAACGGAGCUCCAUGGCUCGUGAAGCACGACUACGCUGCGCAAUAUCACAUCGACUCGCGAAUCCCUUCGCAUUUGCGCUACGACACCAAGUUGAUGGAGCGGAAGCAGAUCCAGGCACAGAAGCGGGCCAACCAGCCGCAUGGCCAGGAGGCAAACGUAGCAAACGGCAACGGUGUAAACGGAGCCAUGCAAAACGGCCCGGCUAGGUUACCCGAACUGAAACCCGCGCCAAAGAACCAGAAGGGAAAGCUGCAGCACCAAUCUCCAGACUUCCCGGGUGACGGCAAAGCCUCACCAGGCAUGCUGGCAGGUUCUGACCAUGGCAUAUUUCAGGCGCCUCCGCACAAAAAUCCCUUCCAGCUUCCUCUCAACUUCAGGAAUCAACAGCUGCCGCAUUCCAUGUCUGCUCCCGAACCUCCUCUGCCUCCGCCACCCCCGAAGUACCCCAUCGAGGAUUUGCAAGUUCCAAUGAGAGACGGUGUCACCAGACCGACUUUGUCGUUCCUUUGCAAUGAUCCCCCGACCGAUGUCGACGCCAGCUCCAAUGGCAGCAGCAGCAUGCAGGACAAGGUCUCGAUGAAGUCUGUGGGUUCGUUCCUGGAGGCGUGGGACACCCUCAAUGUCUACUGCGAGAUCUUCAAGCUGGACUCAUUCACCUUUGAUGAUUUCGUUGAGGCAAUGUGCGUCGCGUCUGAGGAGACGAAGGUGCAACUGUUCGAGGAGAUUCACUGCGCGGUUCUCAAGCAACUUGUCAGUGCGGAGGCGGACGGUGGUAAGGUCAACGUGCAAUUACCCGAGUUGGAUGAGGAAGAGGAGGAUUCUGAGGAAGAAGAGGAAGAGGAAACCAAGGAACCUACUCCAGAAACUGAUCGCCCGCCUGCGAGGGCUACUCGAAGCAGUCUCGCAAAAGCUGAAGCCGAGAGACUGCUUGCCGAAGCGAGAGCCGCCGAGAAGGAGAGCCAAAACGUGGAGCCCGAGAUCAGGCACCGUGCAGAGGAGGUCCUUGAGGACUACGACUGGAUCGAGGAACUGCGGAAGCGCAACUUCCAGAACGGAGGCUGGGAAAGGAUCAUCGUGGGUCUCUUGCAUCAACUAUCCAAAAACGAACGCCUUCAGGAACAGUGUGAGGACCUACUGGCACAGAUCGUUCCGCCGGAUGUGGAGGAGCCCACGCAGGAUACCGUCAGGGAGCACUACGCCAAACUCGACGUGAACUACCGGAUCCAGGCGCUGCAAGUCAUUUGCCUGCUUACGACGCGAACGAAGGCUAUGCGCACGUACAUGGAGGAGUGCAGCGAACAGAUGACCGCCUUCCGCAAGGAGAAGAUUGAUUGGCAACGGCAGAGAAAGCAAGCCUUGGAGGAACUGCGUGUCUUGAAUGAUCAGCGCAAGAUCAUGCUGCCUGAUAACAUGCCGCCCUCACCGCCUCCUGACGCUAAGCCGGACGAAGAUGUCAAGAUGACCGACGCAGACGACUCCAUUGCAGAUGCUGAGGAUGAGGUUGCUGAUUCAGACGAAGAGGGUGCUCCUCGCCGAAACAUUCGUCGUGCCAACGACCGUGCCGCGGAAAGGCAGCGGAAGCGCAAAGAAGAGAAAGUGCGGAAGGAGAAGGCCGAAGCCGCCAAGGCACCGAAGCAGUCAAAGCAGUUCAUCAAGGUCCUCAAGGACAUUACGAAGAAGGAGGAGUUCAUCAAGAAGUGCGAGGAUGAGAUUGCCGUCAUCGACAACGACCUUCGCGAAGCAGACUGUGGACGCACAAGAGUCCUCGGCAAAGACCGAUUCUGGAACAGGUACUACUGGUUUGAGCGAAAUGGAAUGCCUUAUGGUGGACUUCCAGACAGCUCGACUGCCGCAGCCGAAUAUGCGAACGGAUGCAUAUGGGUCCAAGGCCCUGACGACUUGGAACGUGAGGGUUACAUCGACACGGACCCUGAGUACCAGGCUGAGUACAAGGCCAAGUUCGACAUGACUGUCCCAGAACGCAAGAAACUGGAAGAGGGCGCAACCAGUGUUCACAACGCCGGCCAGUGGGGCUACUACAGCGAGCCGGAGCAGGUCGAUGAGCUGCUCAAGUGGCUCGAUCCGCGCGGCUUCAACGAAUUGCGACUUAGGAAGGAGGUGGUGGCCUUCAGGGACAAGAUCGUUAAGAACAUGGAGAACCGGAAGAAGUACCUCGCCAUUCCAGAGCCCGAGGAAGAAGAGAAGGAGAAAGAGGAGAAGAAGGACAAGAAGGACAAGAGGAGAGACUCUAAGCGCAUGAGCACGAGAGGCCGUCAUCAUGAGCCGACGCCCGAACCGACGAAUUACCGCUGCCUCUCGUGGGAGAACACCACGGCCAUGGAGGAACUGGGCCACCUGCACUCCGAGCCCCCGCCGCCUCCGAGACCCAGGAAGCAGACGACCAAGAAGAGACAGGCCGUCGAGCCGUCUCCCGAACCCGCUCCGGCACCGAAGACGAGACGGCGCAAGUAA